AUGCCACCAUCAAAUGGAGGUCCAACUGGAUAUACCCCACCAGAUGGAGGCUGGGGGUGGGCAGUGGUAGUUGGAGCUUUCAUUUCCAUUGGCUUCUCUUGUGCAUUUGGCAAAUCUAUUAGUGUAUUUUACAAAGAAAUUGAAGAAAUAUUUAAAGCCAGCACCAGCGAAGUGUCAUGGUUAUCUUCCAUUGUGUUUGCUGUCAUGUAUGCUGGAGGUCCUAUCAGCAGUGUCCUGGUGAAUAAAUAUGGCAGUCGCCCUGUCAUGAUUCUUGGUGGCUGCUUGUCAGGCUGUGGCUUGAUUGCAGUUUCCUUCUGUAGCACUGUGAUGGAACUUUACUUUUGUAUCGGAGUUAUUGUAGGUCUUGGGCUUGCCUUCAACUUCAGUCCAGCUUUUACUAUGAUUGGCAAGUAUUUCUACAAGAAGCGGCCGUUAGCAAGUGGACUAGCCAUGGCAGGCAGCCCUGUGUUCCUCUCUGCCAUGGCCCCACUCAACCAGGCUCUUUUUGCUGCCUUUGGCUGGAGAGGAAGCUUCCUAAUUCUGGGGGCCCUCCUACUAAACUGCUGUGUGGCUGGAGCCCUGAUGAGACCAAUAGGGCCCAAGCCAACCACUUCAGAGAAAGAAAAGUCUAAAGAAUUCCUUCAGGAAGCUGGAAAAUGUGAUGCAAACAAGGGGCCAGGUAAUCCAAAGACAGGAGUUAAUGGCAGAAACUCCCCAAAGGAGAAACAAUCACUUCUUCAAACAGUUUACAAACUUUUGGACCUAUCCUUGUUGAAGCACAGAGGCUUCCUGCUGUACCUCUCUGGGAAUGUGAUCAUGUCUUUUGGGAUGGCUACGCCUUUAGUCUUUAUUAGCAAUUAUGCCAAGAGUCAACAUCACUCUAGUGAGAAGGCUGCCUUCCUUCUCUCCAUUCUGGCUUUUGUUGACAUGGUAUCCAGACCUUGUAUGGGAUUUGUAGCCAACACAAAGUGGGUAAGACCACGAAUUCAGUACUUUUUGGCUGCUUCUAUUAUCAUGAACGGAGUAUGUCAUAUGCUAGUACCUUUAUCUUCCAGCUACAUAGGGUUCUGUGUCUACUCCGGAUUCCUUGGAUUUGCUUUUGGGUGGUUUGGUGCUGUACUGUUUGAAACACUGAUGGACCUUGUGGGAGCCGAGAGAUUCUCCAGUGCUGUGGGGUUGGUGACCAUUGUGGAGUGCUGCCCUAUCCUCCUGGGGCCACCAGUUUUAGGUCGUCUCAAUGACAUAUAUGGAGACUAUAAGUACACAUACUGGGCAUGUGGCAUAAUCCUUAUUGUCGCAGGCAUCUAUCUCUUCAUCGGCAUGGGCAUCAAUUACCGACUUGAGGCUAAAGAACAAAAGGCAGGAAAGAAACAGAAAAAAGAAAGUAAAGAGAUGGAACCAAAAGAAGUUAUUAAAGCUGCUCAGUCUCCAGAACUGAAAGGCACAGAAGAAGGACCCAAAGAGGAGGAACUUUGA